AUGGAUUAAAUUGAAAUUGAAAUAAAGGAAAUGGAUGCUUUAUAUUUUGAUAAGGAAUAUGCGAGCUAUCAUCCUUCAAAUAAUGAAAUCUUAUAAAAUGAUAUCCAUGAAUAUUAACAUUUUAAAAAUGUGGUUGCAUGCUUUUAUAAUUAUACUAAUGAUAUGAAGGUGGAGAUUCAAAGGAUAAAAACUCAUUUUGAGACACUAAAGCCAGAACAAAGAAACAACCUAAUAAUGAAUUAUUAAGAAAGAAUUAAAAAAUUGGAUUAUUGCAUUAAGAAAAAUGCUCACUUUUGUUUCCUAAUAGUUGCAGCCUACGUGGAUAUGUUUCCAGAAAUGGAUUUAAGUCAAGUUUCUUAUGUAUCAGACUUACCAUAUUUUCAUCAUGUUUAGCAUGGUGAUAUUGCAAAGCUUAGGAUCACUUUGAAAUAAUUUUAUCGAGGUACAAUUAAAUAAAUAAUAAGAAAAGAUUGGAGUGUUCAAGGCUAAGCAGAAAGAGAUUAAUCAUAUAAGCUCAUUAUUGAUAGAUUAUAGUAGUAUUAUCCAGAUGCAAAGUCUAAAGAUGUUAAAUAUUAAGUGUUAUUACCUGGAGCUGGUUUGGGAAGACUAGUAUUUGAAUUGGCAAGUAGAGGUUUCGCAGCUUAAGGGAAUGAAUUCUCGUAUUUUAUGCUUUUGAGUUCUCAUUUUAUCAUUAAUCUCACUCAAAAAAAAGAAUAGUAUUAAUUAUACCCAUUUGCGAAUAAUUUUUGCAAUAGAUUAAGGUAUUAUAAUAUUAAAUUCUAGUGAAAAUGAUUAAUUUGAAUUAGUAAAAGUGCCUGAUGUGGCCCCAGCAGAAGUUUUAACGGAAAAUGAUGAAAUGUCAUUUGUUGCAGGAGAAUUUAUUACUGUCUAUCAUCAAGCUAAAUAUUAUAAUUUUUGGGAUAGUAUUAUCACCUGCUUUUUUAUUGAUACAGCAAAUAAUGUAUUAGAUUAUAUAGAUACGAUUUAUGAAAUUUUAAAGCCUAAAGGAUGUUGGAUAAAUUUUGGGCCUUUAGAAUAUCAUUUUGCUAACUAAUUCUCUGAAACAAGCAUUGAAUUAAGCUUUGAAGAUUUAAAACAUUAUAUAAAAUAAAAAGGAUUUGAGAUAUAAUUUGAGUAGAUGCAAGAAUCAACUUAUAAUCAUUCAAAAUUAGAUUAAAAAUACUUAAAGUAUAAUUGUAUAUUUUUUAUGGCUGUUAAGAAGUGA